GUUGCUUCGUUCUCUGUCCCUUCUUCCUUCCUUACAAACUACGCAUGAAUCUCCAUUUUACAUUCUGGGUUAAUACUAAUAUUGUUACUGUUGAAAUCCCUCUUCAUAUUGAUAUGAUGCUAAUCAUUUGCAUCAGAUAUGAUCGAUAAGCUAUGUUGAAGUUUAUGGUUUGGCAAUCAGCAAAUGAGAGCUCGGGUUAAAAUGCAAAGUACAAGGAACAUGAUUUUGUGUCAUUUGAGGGUUAGGGUGUUCCCUACUCAAGAUGUGAAUGCGCUGAACAGAUUGAGCCGACAGCUUUGCACAUUUAAAAGUACCAGCCAUGAUCAGAUAAUGACUCAAGUCAUCGGCUUGGUCAAGAAAUUUGACAAGAUUGAUGCCACCAAGGUUACGGAAGCAGCUGAUUUCCAGAAGGACUUGUGUCUUGACAGCCUGGACAGAGUGGAGCUAGUUAUGGCUUUCGAGCAAGAAUUCUCGAUUGAGAUCCCUGAUGAGAAAGCAGAUAGGCUUACUUGCUGUGCUGAUGUUGCUAAGUACAUCAUAUCUGAAGCUCAGCAGAAAAAUAUGGAGAAUUCUUGAUUGGAUUCCUAGAUUCUGGUUAUUGGUUGUUUACAGUUCUGAUUUUAGAAUGCACCAAGGAUCUUGGUAUAUGUUUACCUAUUUUCAAUCUCAGUAGAACAACGUGCAUUUUGAAUGUAAUAUUCAGGGAACAAUUAUAAUACAUCUGAUACAGAAUUACAUCUUUUUUGAAAGUGCUUAGUUGUAGUCACUCAUAGCUUUCCAUGUAA